GUGUGAAUGGACGGAUGUUAGAGAACAUGAAAAGUGAUACGGAACUAACCAAUGACUAUAACAGGGUACCCUCACAAAUGACAUCAAAACAUCUUUCUUCACAACUUAUAAUUACAUCAAAAUCAUCUUUCGCAUUGGUUGACCAUUGUUCGGGUGCCAGUUUGAUCUUGCGAUUCCGAUCCAACAUAUCCAACAAUCCGUUCU